AUGGAUGAGGACAUUUCAAAUGACCCAAAAAAUAAACAUUUCAAUGAAGAUAUAAAUUCAGUAUUAUUGCAAUUCUCUAAAUCUACAGAAUGGGCAGAUUUCGUAAAAUGUUUAGCAAAGUUUGCAAAAGUAUUUGAAAAGUAUCCAAAAUCAACCUAUAUUCAAAAUAAAUUAAUGGUAUCAAAAAGAUUAUCACAAUGUUUAAAUCCAUCAUUGCCAAGUGGUUGUCAUAUGAAAGCAUUAGAAACUUAUGAAUUAAUAUUUUCAAGAAUUGGUCAAGAAAGAUUAUCAAAAGAUAUUGCAAUAUAUGCAACUGGUCUAUUCCCAUUAUUUCAUUUAGCAAGUACAGAUGUUAGAGUAAAGAUAGUAUCACUCUAUGAGAGACAUAUAUUGACAUUGGGAUUAAGAUUAAUAUCAUGUUUGAAUGGUGUUGUGUCAUCGAUUUUACCAGGUUUAGAAGAGGGUCAAGGUGAAGCAUUUGAACAAGUUAAAAAGUUAUUAGAUGGUUUAUGUCAAUCAACCUCAACGACUCUUUUCUAUCAAGCACUUUGGAAAACUUUAAUUACAACACCAUAUAAUCGUUUAGCAACUUUAAAUUAUUUAUUAUUACGUUUACCAAAAAAUGUUGAUGCUUCAAACCAAAUUAUGUAUUUACCAGAAAAAGAUACAUUAGUAACACAAGCAAUUACAAAUUCAUUAUCUGAUAAGAGCAUUUUAGUACAAAGAAAUAUAUUGGAAUUAAUUACAGUUAAUUUUUCAUUGAAUGGAAAUGUAUUUUCGGCAGAGGCAACGGAAACAAUUGUAAAAUCAGCGAUUAUGGUUGUAACUAAUAAAGAUAUGUCAUUGAAUAAGAGAUUGUAUACUUGGUUAUUGGGUGAUAGUGAUUCAACACAUACAAAAUCAUAUGAUCCAAAAUAUUUUGAAAAUUAUGCAAAACAACCAACUGUAAAUGCAUUAAAAUCAUUUUUUAGAAAUACUUUAGAAUUUUUCGAAUAUUUAGAACAACAAGCAUUAUUAGAUUCAUCAUCUUCAUCAUCAUCACAACAAACACAACAACAAACACAAACACAACAAACACAACAAACACAACAAAAUUGUAAUAUAGAUUCAAAUGGUACAGCACAAGUUGUAGUAACAUAUUUUGGUAGUACAUUAAAUUCAGGUAUUGGUAGUAAUGAAAUUAUUUUACCAUUUAAAAUUUUAAUAUUCUUUUUUCAAAAGGAAGAGUUUCAAACGAUUAUCAAAGAUAUUUUACCAGAUAUUUUAAAGUAUAUCUUUACAUUUAAGGAUGGUUAUUCGUUUAGUAAGGACGUUAUAAAGUAUACCGAUGAUUUAUUAGAGACAAUUAGUGAUCAUAGUACAAUUUGGGAAUUGUUUAGUCAAUUGUUGGAAUGUGGUACCAAUGGUAAAAUGAGUUCAAUCGAGUCGGUUAAAUUGGUAGAAUGCAUUUUGGAUAUUAUGCCAUUAUCAACUGAAGAGGUACAAUUGAAUUAUUUACCAUCAUUAUUGAAAACAAUGAUAAAUUCAAUGUUUCAUAUCGUAGAGAUUCAAGAUCAUCAAUUAAUCAUUCAAUAUACUCAAUUACUCUUAAAAAUAACUGGUAAAAUAAUAGUUGAUUCACCAUCUUCUUUAAAUUUCUUAGUUACAGCAAUAGAUUCUUAUCAAGAUUAUUUCUUAAAAAUUUCUGAUUAUGUUCAAAAACAAUUACAAUUACAACAAGUUCAACAACAACAACCACAAGUUCAACAACAAGUUCAACAACAACAACAACAACAACAACAAGUUUCACAACAAUUUAAUAUUUCAACAUCAUCAUCAUCAUCAUCACCACAGCAAUUUUCAUUAUCAAGUGGUAAUAGUAACAAUAACAAUAAUAAUAAUAAUAAUAAUAGUAAUAAUAAUAAUAAUAAUAAUAAUAAUAAUAGUAUGAAUUCAAUUUAUUUUGCAAAUUCAGAUAUUUUUGUAAUUUUAGAUUUAUCAUUUCAAAUGUUAGUUGGAUUAAUUUCACAAUUUAAAGGUGGACAAUCUAAUGCAGGAUUAUCAACAUCACCACAACAAUCAUCGCCAACAUUAGAGUCAGCACCGAAAUGGUUUUAUCCAGUAUUUGGAUUUUGUGAAAGUGAGAAUCCAUUCAUAAGUUGUUUGGCGAUUAAAACGUUUAUUAGUUUAGCUAAUAAACAUGGUGAUAUGGUGAUGAGUAGAUCAUUUAAGAAUAUUAUAACACCAGAUCAUUUUCAUCGUUUAGCAAAAAAGUUAUGGUCGUUGUUAGAUCCGAUCUAUAGUGCAAUUCAUUAUCGUGUGGCAUCAUUGUUCAUAUUGUUACGAGAAUUGAAUGAAGAGGGUACAAGUAGUGUUAUUGCAGACGCAAUGUUGGAUUCAAAUUUAAUCAAUCGUACUGAAGGCUAUCAAAAGUUUGCCCUACUUUGGAGAUUAACUGGUGAAUUGGGUAAUUCGUCAUUACCAUUCUCAAAUACUCUAUUCCUCAUGUUGGAUUCACUUAGCAAUGAUCAACCAAUCAUUAGAUUAACUGGUCAUACUUGGUUGGCUGAUUCAAUCUCUAGAGCUGAACGUAUCUUGGAUCCAUUAUUAAAGAUAUUAUUAGAUAAAUCAACAAUUCGUUUCAAUAAUACUUAUCAAACCAUCUAUGAUACUCGUCGUGUUAUCUAUGUAUUUAAAAUCUUAAAAACUAUAAUCGAAUGUGAUUUUAAAUUAUUUAUUCAACAUGUAAUUGAAAAACCAAUUUCAAAAGAUGUAAUAUCCUUAAAUGAUUUACAAACUUCAAGUUUUAGAGAAUCAAAUAAUAAAUAUACUAGUAAUAAUACAAAUAAUAAUAAUACAAAUAAUAAUAAUCAAAUAAAUAAUAAUAAUCAAAUAAAUAAUACAUAUAGCGGUUUUAGUAGCGGUAAUAAUAAUAAAUUAAAUAAUAAUAAUAAUAAUAAUAAUAAUAAUAAUCCAAAUAUAACAACAGAAACUUCAUCAGAUUUUUUAUUUAUACCAACAAAUAGUUAUAUUGAUUUAUUAGUAGUUGUUUCACUUAGAUUUAUUCAAGGUCAAGUUGGUUCAAUUGCAAAUCAUCAAACUAGUGAUAGUAAAACAUUUGUAUCACAAAAUGAAGUGGUUCAAAUUUGUGCUGCAGAAUUUCUUCAAUUUUUAUUGGUUAAAACUUCAAUUCAACCAAUUAAAGCUCAAGAGAUUGCUCAAUCAAUUCAAGAUCCAAUUUUACAAAAUUUAGCACAAGCAGUUUCAACUUCGAAUAUGGUAUUACAAGUACAUUUAUUAUCAUUAUUAAGAUCAAUUGUUUUAAUUGAUUCUAGUAAUAAUAAUCAAUCAAGUAGUAACAAUAGUGUAAAUAGUUCACCAACAUUAUCAUUAUCACCUGGUGGUGGUGGUGCUAAUGAAAAUAGUUCAAAUAUAAAUAAUAUUAAUAAUAAUAAUGGUAAUCAAUUAAAUAAUUCAUUAGGAGUAACAUCAUUAACAUCAAUAACGCAAUCACAAAUGUUUUUACAGACUACAGUGGUGGGAUUAAUUCAACCUUCAACUAGAUUUAAUAUUAGAUUUUAUUGGUUAGAUUUUAUAACUUUUUGUUUACCAAGAAUGUCAAAUUCAUCAAAUUUAUCAUCGGUUGUAACAACCAUUGUAAAUUGUUUACGUGAUAUUUUAGGUUCUUUCGAUAGUAGAUCAUUAUAUGAUAGUUUAACAUCUCGUGACAUCAUUGUAAUUCUAAAGAGUUUAACUUAUAUCUUCAAUAUUUCAAUAUUGGAACCAAUUACAUCAUUUGAUAAUUCUGGUCAAGAUGGUACCGAUCAUCAUGGUCACCAUCAUCAUGGUCAUCAUCAUGGUGGCAAUAGUGGAAGUGGCUUAACAAGUCGUAGUAGUGCAUUGGGUGUAAAGAUUUUCACAGAUUUUGUAAAGGAUGUUUUCACAAGUGAUAUUGAUAAUCUUGUUUCAUUGACACCAAUUGGUCAUGUUAGAAAAGAUAUCUUUAAUGUAUUGGCAGACAUUUUCCAACCAUUCUUAAAGAUUUGGGGUCAACCAAAAUCUUCAACCUCUUCAAAGAUCUCAAUGUCAACUGAUGUUUCCUCUGACACUCAUAAUAAAUUUGCAAUUCAAGAUCUAAUCAUUCAUAUACUCGAUCCAUUCAUGACAAAAUAUCCACAACAAUUCAUUGAAGCAAUCGUUGAAUUAUGGCAAAGAAAUGAAGUAACCUCAACAACACCAUUAACAAGUAGUAUUAGUAAUAAUAAUUUAUCAGGUAUUUCAAGUUAUACUAGCAGUAGCAGUGGUGGUAGUAGUGGUAAUGUUGGUUUAAUUAGCAAAGAACAAGAAGCAAUUCAAAAUAGAAAAGUCAUUAUGGAGAUAAUUAAUAGUUUAGAACCGGUUAAAGAGGAAUCUUUGUUUAAUGCUGCUUAUCAAAUUUUAACCAAUAUUAGAUUACAAGAGAAAGCUAAACCACCAAAGAAUAUAGUUCACAAGUUAACAAUGAAAGAGAGUUCUUUGUAUGAUUUCGUAUUUAGAUUCAUUGAAGAGUAUAGCACUCAGUUUGAUGGCGUAUCACCUUCUUUCCUUUCAUUUGUUAGAGAAUCACUUCAUAGUUCAAAUCCAAUGACAUUCGUUUCACAACUUUCAAUCAUUAAUACCUAUGUUAAAAAGUUAAUACCAGAUGAAAAGACAAAGAAUCUAAUGCGUUCUAAAAUUAAUAAACGUGAAUUACAAGAAUUAUUACCAAAGAUUAUUGAACCAUGUUUCUUAAUCUCUGGUAAAGGUUUUAGUGAUAUUUCAACCUUAUAUAUACCACCAACUACAAAUAGUAAUGCACCACAACAAAUUGCGACAACAACAACAACAACUACAACUACAUCAACUUCAUCACCACAAGAUUCAAAUUUAAAUAAUAAUAAUAAUAAUAAUUCAAAUACACCAACUUUAUCAGGUAAUUCAUCACCACUUUCUUUAGGUUCACAACAACAAUCAUCACCACAACCAUCAUCACAACAACAACCAUCACAACCACCACAACAAACACAAAGACCAAUUUCAAUGGAUUUAAGAGCAUUCUCAGAAGGUGGUUAUAUUCCAUCACAAUAUACAUCAAGUAGUACAAGUAUUGUUGAAGAUUCAAAUGUAAAUAGUAGUAAUAAUAAUAAUAGUAAUAAUAAUAAUAAUAAUAAUAACCUUAGAAAUAGAUCAUCAUCAGGUGGUGAAUCAGAAUCAACAUUAAUUGCACCAACUAAAUUGAAGAAAGAAGCCAAUAGAUUGAAAUCUCAUGUUAGUUUGAAAGCAUUGAUUGCAUUAUCAACAUUGUUAGCACCAUUAUUAGAUUCUGUAUUUGAUGAUAAGGAAAAGAUUGCAACCAUUUUAGCAAACUCUUUACAUUGUUUAGUACCCUAUUUAAAGUCUAAAACCGAUAUUAAUCGUGAAAACAAUACAUACUAUACCACUUGUUUAUUCGCUUCAUUAUCAGAGUAUCCUUACAAUUUGAAAUCCAUUAAAAAGGAUGUCAUAGAGUUAUUCUAUGAUCAAGAGUUAUUUAAAUCAGAUUUAAGAACAUUGGAACAAGCUAGUAAAUUCAUAAAUUCAACGAUGAUUUGCGAUAAGACAGCUUUAUCGGAUUUCACUAAAGUACUCCACAAACCAUGGACAACUACAACCACAAUGUUUACAAGUAAAGACACUGAAAAUUUAAAUAGAUCAAAACAAUUGAAACGUUUAUCAUUCGUCAUUUGGUGUGGCAAUGAAAAUCAAUACCUCUCCAUUCUACCAUUGGUUCAAGAGAAAAUCGUUGAAGCUUUGAAAAUUCCUAAUGCUGUACCACUUCAUCUUCAAGUAUUCUUUUGUUUACGUGUUUUGUUAAUUAAAAUAUCUCAUCAAAAUUUACGUUCUUUCUGGCCAAUCAUUAUCACUGAAUUAAUCGAAAUCCUUUCAAAUUCCGAUCAAAGUGAAUUAGUAUUGGCAGCUUGUAAAUUCUUAGAUUUAGCACUCACCCUACCAACUAUCACUGAACAAUUCAAUUUAUUCGAAUGGGUUUUUGUAAAAGAUUGUUUUGUUAAACAUUCUCAAGAACCACCUUUCUUACCAUUUGUUGAUCAAAUUUCAAAAAGAUUAAAUAAUACAACAACAACAACAACAACAACAACACCAUCAUCAUCACCAUCACCGUCAACACAACAAUCAAAUAAUAAUAAUAAUAAUAAUAAUAAUGUAAAUUUUCAAGAAACUCAAUUAGUAUUAACAUCAUCAGGUAUUGUUGAAACACAAUUAUUUGAAGCACCAUAUUUACGUCCAUGUAUUUUGAUUAGAAAUAUUAAUGAAUUACCAGGUGGUUUCAAUGAAUUUAAAUCAUUCUUGGCUCACUUUUCAAAUUGUAUUUAUAGUAGACAUUUACAAUCAGCUAGAAAAUCAGUGGAUUAUAAAUUCAUUAAUGAAUUACUUUGUUUUGAUUUCUGUGAAUUGGAACCUUCAAAACUUUAUUCAACACCUGAAUCAACUUUGGCUUUCGAAAAGAAACAAUAUCAUGCUAAACAAAUCCAGCUUCAAUUAUUACAGAAAAUGAAAGAAAAUGUCGAAAACAAUUCAAUGAAUUGGUUAAAAUCAGUUUUACAAAAUAAUAAUUCUCCACGAUCAAGAGCAAUUUCAAUCUCUAGAGAAAAAGAUCAAACUGAUAAAUCAUCUGAUGAAUAA